AUGAUGAAAGAUGCUCAGUCUGGCUCUAGUUCAAUGAAUUCCGAUAUUAAUUUCUUUAAAUCCUUAAAUAUAGUUUAUCAUGGUAUUGUAAAAUACUGUCACAGAUUUGGAAUUUUGAACCUGUAUAAAUCAUUAGAAAAUAAACAAGAGCCAAGGUUUGAGACUGUAGAGUGGAGUUCAUAUCCACAACUGAUGGAUUUCAUUUUUCCUCAAUUCCCAUUGGAAGAUAGGAUGAUGACAGAUUAUCAGUUAUUUGGUUUUGACUUUUUAUUAAAAAGUGGAAGUUAUUCAUAUUUCUUUGACAUUUCAACUGGGAAAAUGACAUUAUUAGAUGAUUUUGGUGGUGGAUCUGAACCAGGGGAAGAAGGUAAGAGUAAAUUAAUUUCAGAUCAGCCUUUAAUAACGGAGGAAGUUCCUAUUCAAAUAGAGAAUGAAGAAGAUGAUGAUUUCUUGUUAACAGUUGAAAUUCCAGGAACAACCCCAGAGCAGGAGAUAGUGGAUAAUUUGGAUUUAUAUUCACUAUUAGAACAUGAUUUUUCUAGUAAUGUGAUUGCAUUCUCUGAGGAAUUAACAUCAUUGUUAUUACCAAAACAUGUAGAAGCAGCAAUACAAUAUUUACAAGGGUGUAAUAUAAAAAUGUUAUUUAUAAUAAAUUCAAGAAUAGAAACUGUAAAGGAAUUAUUAAAUAGACUAAAUUUAUUGAGUACAGGGAUAAAUGGUAUUGAAGGAGAUCUUUUAAUGAAAGAUGCUAUUUCAAAUGUAUUAUCAAAUUUAUUAAAAAAAUUGCAAUCUUAUUUGGAAAAAUGUAGAAAUAUAAAUAAAUAUAAAGUACCUUGGAUACAUAUAGCAGGUCUUAAAGGAGAGAAAGCAACAAUAUUACAAUCAUUACAUCCAUCAUUUGUUGAUAGUAGUAUUAUUCCAUUCUAUUGUGAUAAUGUAGACUUAAAAGAUGUUUUAGAAUUUAUAAAAAACGAUAAGUUAAAAAUAAAGAGUUUAAAGGAAGGAUUAAAUAAGAUGAAAAAUCAUAAUAAAAAUAAAUCUAGGUUAAAAAAAGAACUGUUAAUAUUGAAAGCAUCAACUAGAAGAAAUACACUAUUGUUUGAGAUUUGUGAUGAUUUUAAUAAUUUAAAAUAUUCAGAUACUGGGUUAUAUUAUAAAGUUUUAAGUGUUUUAAGUGAUUUUGAAUCAAAUAUGAAAGUAAGAGAGUCUAAUAUUAAAGAAUUUUAUUCAAAAAUGGGUUUGCCAUUUAAAUCUGAAUCUGCUAUUGAUCAAUUAAAAAAUACAGAAAUGGAUGAUGAAGAAGAAUUGAAUACUUUAUAUGGUAUUUACUUGAGUUUGGCAAAUGGUGCGAAUCCCUUAACAAUGGAAGAAAUUGAGAGUUUAGCAAAUGCAAAUAAAUUUUCCAAAAUUGAUUAUCUAAAAGAAAUAAUUCAAAGUUUAGAAAGAAAAGAGGAAGAAAAUGAUGUUAAUAAAAAAACGCAGGAAUCAGAUGAAGAGAAUAUAGAUUUAGUAAAUAUUCUUACAUCUGAUGAAGAAAUUUUGAGUUCAUAUUCUUUGUACAGUUCUAUUGCUCAAAAUCCUUUAAAUUUGAUUGAAAUUGUUGAAAUUUCGGAUUAUGAUAAAACAAAAGUGUUGAGUUUACUUGCUAAAUUAAAUCAAGAUUUAUUAGGUGAGAAUCAAAGCAAUAUCAGUGAAAAGCCUGGAGGUGGUGAUGGUCCUGGCGGGGCUGGUGAAGAGGAAGGAGCAGUUGGGGGUGUAGGUAUUGAGAAUGAACACUUAUUAAAAGAUGAAGAAAUAUUGAACAAGUACCUUUUGUACAGGAGUUUAGUCUUGGAUAAAAAUACUCCUUUGGAAUUGUAUGAUUUAAUUGCAAUUCCAGGAAAUGACAAAAAGGAGAAUCUUAUGCAGACUUUGGAUGAAGCUAUUGCCAUGAUGAAUAAGGAUGAUAAAGGCUCAGAGAAAUCACUACUACCAAAAAAACUUACCGAACCAAGUCCUUUGCCACCUCAAGAAGAAUCGGCUACUGGUCGACCAAAAAAGCCUUCAUAUCCACUAGCUUCAUCGAUAUUAUCUCCAUCAGGAACAACUGGGGGAGCUGAUGGAAGACGAGAUCCUGGUGCUAGACCAAAACAAUUGCUUCCCAAACCUACUUUAAAAACAAAUGUGGUAACUCAGCAAGAAUUAAGACUUGACGAAAAUCUGUUGAAUGAUUUGGAAGUUUACACUAAAUAUUUGGACUAUUCUGCUGUGGCUCAAAAUCCUUUGAAUUUGGAAGAUUUAGUAUUGGCUUCAAAUAAUAAUAAGAUAGAGCUGAUUAAGAUGUUAAAAGAGGCAAUUUCUCAAGCAAAUAUUCCACCAAUGUUUCCAACAUCGCCAUUACCACCAGCACCAGUACCACCAACACCAUUACCACCAACACCAGUACCAGCACCAUUACCACCAGCACCAGUACCAAAACCAUUACCACCUGCACCAUCACAACCAAUGUCUCCAUCUGUUGGUCCAAAAAUACAACUAAAGUUUACAAAUGGAAAAUUGGAUCAAAAUAGUGUGGAUCAAUCAAAAUUAUCAUUAAGUACUAUUCAAAAGUUUUCAAAGUUAGUUCAAGUUGGUUGCACAAUUGAAUCCUUAAAUGAAUUACAAUUUUUACUCAAUGUAUCUAGAGCAGAUUUAGCUCAUUUGAAAGCCUUGGAAAAAUUCGUGAAAGGACCAGCUGCAAGAUGCUCAACAAAUAGAUCAUCUUGUAACAAUUGUUUUGUAUGCAAUUCACGAAAAUCAAUUGAUAAAGAUAUUACUAACAUGGAAAAAGUAAUUGCUGCAUUACAAGCUUUAGUUGGUUAUUGUAUACAAAACAUGAAAAAAUAG